GGUGAUUAUGACCAGGCAUUUCAGUACUACUAUCAAGCCACACAGUUUGCAUCACCUAACUUCAUUCUUCCUCAUUUUGGUCUUGGACAAAUGUACAUUGCAAGAGGUGACACAAACAAUGUGAGUAUAACCUGAAAUAGAUUUACAGGCAGAGUGGAACCCCGUUAAUCCUGGUUGUGAUAACAAGGUGGUCCCAUUAACAGGGUCUUCAAAAUAAUAAAUGACUUGGUGAUCUUUACAUCAGGGUUGAACAGGGUUCUCCCCAAAUUUUAGCUCAGCAGGUAAGGGACCAUUCAUGGACGGUAAGGCCAAAAGAUACACACUUUUCUCGGGGCGGGGGGGGUGUGGGUGAGUGGAAGGAGGGACAUGGACCCCGCCCUCCUUGGGAAAUUUUUUUAUUCCCAUAUUUUAAGACCUAUUUUACGCAAAUCUGCUGUCGUGUUAUCUUUAGACAACAAAUUAAAACGUUCGAUUCCAAUAAUUUUACUAUGUCUUUAAUGUCCUCUUUCCAAAAUGCAUGUCCUUAAAAAGGAAAGCUGUAUAUACAGUACAGUCCAAAAGUAAUGCACGUGCUAAAAGUGGCAUAAGAAGUUGCUGCGCCGCAAGAACAUGCAAGCCACCGCAAGAAGCGAAAGUGCCGUAUUUUUGCGGACCCUUUGUGUUUUACCCGCAAGAACUUUGAAACGAAAGAAGUCAAAAAUCUUCACCGCAAGAAGCUAGAAAACUACCGCAAGCCUCAAGAAGGCGCAUGAAAUUCUUUACAAGUGUUAACCUGAAAGAAGUUUGUGGUAUUUGUCAACUUUUUGUUGCAACAUCAUUUUGUAGCUUUGAUACUAAUUCACUCUGUGGCAGCAAAAGGUAAUCAUGAAAGGACACACGUAAAAAGUUCCCUGAGAAAGCGAACAGCUUUCUCUGCUUUUUCUGCAAAGUGAACACUUCAAUCGUUCAGCUUUUCCAAAGUUAGAUAAAGCGUGUGAGGCGAUUGUUUAACAAAACGAUCUGUAGUUUCGAACAUUUCGAUCAUUUGGAUCAUUUCAUAGUACAAUACCAUACUCUCGGCAAAACAAACCAAAGGCGUUGAAUUUCUGCCACAAUGGAUAUCACGAUUCCAAAGAAAACAUGACGAUUAUUUAUCACUUUAUUGCAGUAAUUUGAAAGAGCCUUUCGUGAAACAUUCCUUACUUUACUUUAGUAUGUUUUUUUUUUCGAGGAGCGCUUUAAUUUGACACAGUUGUGGUCUUAAAUUACACGGCUCUUUUGCGAAACACACUAUGAUCGUUAUUUUUUUGAAGUGCUGCUUUUUUAUCGAAAUUGUGCACAUUUCCUCGCUUAAAAGGUUACCUUUGCACAAGAUAAUUUUAUAUAUACUGUUUCAAAAUUCAUCGAUCCUUAUUUUGCAAAACGAGCUGCAGUGUGCAUUUUAAAAAAACAUGAACGUAUUUUUAGUUUAUCUUUUUUGUUUACACGUGUUAUCUAUACAUCCCUGUCAUUGUAAACCAGCAAGAACGAAACAGUUUUAGGGUUUUGAAUGUUUAAAACUAUGUGCCUAAAGUAUAGAUUAGUGAUCCGCUGACAAACAUGGAAAGUGGCACAGCUAUUUUAUUGUCAGAAUAAAUUUUCACGUGUUUGCGGCGAUCUCGCAAAAUGACCCGAUGAUCGUUUGUGAAACUCCUUCAAACAGCUACUGAAAGAAGCGAAACAAACGAACUGUCAGAAACGACAGAAAUCACCAGAAAAGGAUAGAAACGAUCCAAACGAAAAAAUCGCCAAACGAUAAUGUAAACGAUUCAAACGCUUAGCGUAACGCCUCGCUUGACCUUGAUCUGACCUGUUGAAUAAUUUUGUCUGCAAAAUUUUCAGUGAAAUAUAUCUAUGAAAGUAAAAACAACUGAAGAAGUUCUUGCGUCUUGCUGGAUUCAAGGCAAGCACCCUACAAAAAGCCGCACGAAGCUGUCAGCUUGCGGACGCAAAAAGAAGUUCUUGCAUAUGCAUUAUUUUUGGGCUAUACGUUUUGUACUUAGGUAGCUAUACUUUUCCAUAUAUUCAUUCUUUUUCUUGUGAGGAUCGGAUCGGAUCACAACUUGCAUAUUUUUUUUUAAAAAAAUAUUUAAUUUUUAAAAAAACCUUUAAGCGGUUGCAGGCGGUAAGAAGUGUUGCUUCAGGCGGUAAAUUUUACCGGUUACCGCCUGAUAAGGAGAACACUGACUUGAAAGAAUAUGGUCCUAAAAAUGAGGUGGUGUUAUAAGUGGGGUGGUCGUAAGGUGCAUUUCCAUUAUAUUACAUAUCAUCAAGUUAAACCUUUAUUAAUAAGAGAACACCCUCUAUUUAGCCAGCCAUUGAUAAGGUGCCUAAAAGUUAGAUUAGGGCAAGCUGUAGCUAGCAUGUAUUAGCUCAAGAGUUAUUUUGUAUGAGCUUGAUUGAUUACAGUUCUUCUGUGAAUUAUUUGAAUUCCCCAAAAAACUUUACUUGCCUAUUGGGCAACUUAAUAAUAGAAUUCACUAUCCUAAUGCAUGUAGCAAAAUCCACUUGCCCAGGGCUACCAGACAUGCCUUUCUUUGCACGCUGAGUUACCUGAAUCUUGGUGAACAAGAUUGUCAGUAAAUUACACAUAACUGUAAACAAUGGCUCUAGGUGGCCAACCUUUUAUAAGCGGCAUCCUCUUGCCCCUUUACCCAAGGGGGUCUAAUUCAACUCUAUGUAUGAUAGUGUUCUACAUCUUGCCUCUUCCUGCAUUUUUUUUUAAUAUUUUGUUUGUCCUGUUAUAUUUUUGCACAGGCUGCCCAGUGUUUUGAGAAGGUCCUGAAAGCAACACCUGGUAACUACGAGACACUUAAAAUCUUAGGAUCCCUGUACAGUACAUCAACAGACCUGGACAAAAGAGAAACUGCCAAGGUGAGAACUUAUCUAAAUGGGUACGUAAUAUAAAGAGCAUUGUACUGCUAAAUCUUUUAUAACUUACAUGUUCACUCUAUCAUAGUGAUUUUCAGUCAAGAGUAUUAGAUUUUGUUGUGGCUUGGACACUUGUUACAACAUUGUGCUAAACAAUACAAGUCAUGUCAUAAUCUGGAACCUGUCCAGCCCUGAACAAACUAAUUCAGAAUUAUUGCAGAUGUUACAUCUCUACGGUAUUGAAGUUGUGACUGACGAUCUCAAGUUGAAUUCUCCUUGUUUCGCAAAUGAACAUAAUGCAGUAUGAAAAGAGAAUCUAGUGUUAUCAUCAUCAUCAUUAGCUUCUUUUCCCCAGUGUGGAACAGGAUCCUGGUUUUUUUUUUUUUCCAUUGAGGGGUGUUUUGCCCCUGACCAAACCUUUAAACUGGGUUGUCCUUAGUCAUUGUUAACCAGUCUCGCAUGGUAGGACCUAUCAGGGAUAAAAUCCUGCCAGCAUAGCUCAUGGAAUCAUUUAACUUGCAAGAUUCACCAUCACAAGAAGGUGACAAGCCCAAGAGGAGAGGACAAGCUAGCACUUAACCAGAGUUCAUGAAGGGCUUUAUGAAUUGAUUAUUCCAGUCCUUACCAUGCAAAAUGGUAUCAGGGUGGCUGGCUACUGCAUGGAAUAUCACAUACACAGUAUUUCAAGUAAUGUACAUGCACAUUGUACCUUACAUCUGAGCCAAUAUAACAUUUUUUGCAACCGCCUUGAAAAUGUAACUUUUUGUUUUGGAAGAGAUUGAUGGCUUGUUAGACAAAUGAAAUCGAAGCAAUGCCUCAGUCCGCACAAUUUGGGAUUCUGCAAUUUGUGAAGGGUAUUAAAGGGCACUUAGCAUUUCAAAAUAACUCUGGUUUACCUUUUUAUGCCUGUGGAUUUAAUGUCCUUCCCCAAUUAAUGAAUCCUUACUUGUUUAAAAUUUUGGAAAGUGAUUCUGCCUCAUUUUAUUCAGAAGAAAAACAGUGUUGUUCGAAGGCCAAUUAGAGCUAACCCCGGGUUAUACUUAAAUGCAGGUCUCUUUUUCUUUUGUUCAAAAGCAUUUUCUCAGAAAAUUUUCCCUAUUCUUUUUAGAGCAUCUAGUCAUCAAAGUGUAGACAAAAGGAACUAAACCGAAUUUUUCUUUAAAACUUUCAAAUAAUAUGAAUUUACAUUUCUACAUUAACCCAGGGUUAUCUGAACCCAGCUUUGAACAACCCAGCCUGGUUGAUCCGAAAGUAAACUUUUUGAUACUUUGUUCUCUUUUGAAAAGAACCAUCUCAAGAAAGUGACAGAAGAGUACCCAGAUGAUGUUGAAGCCUGGAUUGAGUUGGCUGGAAUAUUGGAACAGUCAGAUGUACAGGUACAUCAGCCAUACUUGCAUGUUAUAGACCUGAUGGGCGUGGCGGUACUCAGCAAAGUUUUAUACAGGGAGACCCCACCCUGAGGCCCAACCCCUCACCCAUUUUGAUACCAUUUUUUGACAGAAAAGGUACCCCUUUCAUAUGCAUUUACUGACUAAUGAUACCCCUUUCACAAACCUAGUUAAGAAUGCUGCAUCCCUUUUAACUGCCGUAAAUGCAUCGUCUUUUUAACAUGAAUAAUUCACCAAAACAGGAAGUUUUCUUGUCUCUUUCACAUCGGUAAAAGGCGUCUGUUAGCUCUUUUCGAUCCCUUUACAAACCAAAAUGACAGAUUUCCUCACCCUUUCAUAUACUUCAGCUGAUGAAAUCCAAACCCUUUUAUGCCCUAUCCUUUCAUAUACCUAAAUAAUAAUAAUAAUAAUAAUAAUAAUAAUAAUAUUAAUAAUAAUUAUUAUUAUUAUUUUAUUGUGUGUGGUGUGUGGUACCUGACCCUUAAUAUAAAUAUUUACUAAUAACCUAAGUAAGGCUGUCCUGUUUUUUAGCCCUCAAUGGUUAUUAUUGGCAGCCUGUACUCUCUCCAUAUUUUAUAGUAUUUUUUUUUGUAUCAUGUAAAUUAAUGUAGGAUACAAAUAAAGUUGUUGUGGUUUGUUAUUAUUACCGGAAGCCUGAAAAAGGUCCCCAUUUUGGGUGGAGCCUUCCCAUAUAGGCCAUUUUAUAUUCCUUGACUUAAAUCCUUUUUUUGCUGAACUUGUGGUUAGUGAGAUAAACUGUAAUUAUUAUUGGAUUGUUUUUGCAGUCUGCCUUGCAAGCCUAUGGAACAGCUUCCCGUCUUCUGAAGGAGAAGGUCAAGGCUGAUGUACCCCCAGAGAUUCUCAACAAUGUGGGCGCACUUCACUUUAGACUUGGAAAUCUAAAUGAAGCCAAGGUAAAAGACCGGUAUACUAAAAAUGCUGGAAUGAUAAUUUAAAGAGAAUUAAAAUAUUUUGUUGAUCCUUUUCUGCCAGUGGUAUAGGGUUGUAGAAGGAGCAAUCCUGAUGACUUUGCAAGCAGUAUGUUUCUUCUAUGGAUUAGCCGUUUCUACUUUCAUUAAUAGAGUUUUAUUUACAAGUAGAUCCUUUGCUUUUACCAGUAUUGGUAUACUAUUACCCUAAAGCAAUACAGCAUGUAAAUGUUCUUAUUUGCAGAGGUUCUACGAGUCAUCUCUCGAGAGAUGCAAGCAGGAGAGCCAAGCUGAUGAGAGUUAUUACAAUGCCAUAUCUGUCACCACAACUUACAACUUAUCUCGCCUGCACGAAGCCAUGUGUGAGUUUGACAAAGCAGAAGCGCUGUACAAGAACAUCCUCAGGGAACAUCCUAACUAUGUGGACUGUAAGUACCUUGACCAGCACAGCUUAGAACGAGAGUAAAGCCCCGUGCAAACGGAUGCAACAUUAGGGACCUUACGAAGCUACGACGGCGACGGCAACGGUAGCGUCAACAAGCAAUAGGUUUAGUUGGCAAAACAACAACUCUGCACGUGCAUCACACUUUUUUAUCCAUUUCUUUACCGUCCCUACACAACUACGACGUGAAAUGAUCAAAUUUUAAUUUUUUUUUGAGGACGGGAACGGCAAGGCGAUAAAUUCUACCAUCUCUGUCUCAACUGGGGCGCGGCCUCCUUUAUUCAGUUCCAACAUAAAUUUCGUUCUUUUAAGUAACAGGGCGACUUGAGAAAAUCGCGAAGUGGAAGGAUGCGGAGUCUAUUUUUUCAUUGACGUUUUCAUGGACGUUUUAGAUGUUCCCGUUGCUGUCGUCGUCGUAGUUUCGUAAGACCCCUAGUAAUUUUUGACAGCAUAAGUUCCUGUUCAAAAAUUUUGAGAUCAGAAGACUUGAUGGGAAUGUUUGGUAUUUGCUGUGGUUGAGUAAUAAUUUUAUGUUCUUAACACUUUACAUUUGCAAAGAAAAUAUAGUGGGAUUUCUUUUGUAAACCAAGUUUUAAAACUGACUUCUGUUACUUUAAGGAGUAGCUUAGACUUAGCGAUACUCGUGGCGUUUGAGAUUUUGAUGUGGUUUAAAUCAUUCUCUGAUUUUUAAUUGUAUGAAUGUUCCUCAUUUUAAUGUUUUUUUUCUUUUUUUUCCGUUUAGGUUAUCUUCGACUUGGUUGCAUGGCACGUGACAGAGGGCAAAUUUACGAAGCAUCUGAUUGGUUCAAGGAAGCCCUUCAAAUUAAUCAGGUACUCUGUGAUUCAAUGCAGUUAACAACAAGUAGCGCCAUCUCUUGUUGUUGCUCAGCGGUCAGUUUGGUGGCUUGAGAGCGGUCAGCCUUGAUUGCAUCAGCCCCAUGUGCUUAAUACAGCGUUUCCCGGCGGCCACUCGCUUCGUUUAGCCUUUAGAUUGUGCAUUUAUCUCCACCCCUCCCUCCCUCCCUUUUAUUUUUCCACUGAUACAUUAGUGUGGCAGGUGCCUGCUCCCAAUGACGUAGGGGCUUAUGGCUGGAGGGCGCGGGUUUACUAGCCAUCGGGGUGUAACACUAUCUAGGGGCUGGGUUUGCCAAAAGUGGAAGCCCCUGAACGUCCCAGGAACUCACCUCCACUUGGCAACACAGUUGACUUGUUAACCAAGAUACAGUUUCUUAUACCAAUCUUGUUUCCAGACUCCCUUUUUUUUGUCAGUUGUCGGAAGAAAAAAGACUUAGCAACGAACAAUGUUGUGGUGCAUCAUCCAAAAGUUUUCUGACAUCAUGAUCGUUUUACGGUAGUGGUGUGGGCAAAUUUCAGUCAUUGUGGUUAACUGGUGUACUAAUGAUUAGAGAAAUGAGACAAAUAUCUUUAUUCUCUGAGCUUUCAGGGAUUAAAAAGUUUCGUUGAUAAACACUACGUCAUGUUAACUCUGCUUGUUGGGUAUUUUGUCCAUCUUGUCUGUCUCGUGUUCUGUAACUUUCCUUCCUCUGAAAUACCCUCAAAAAAUGAAAGUUGUGAAUUGUAGUAUCAUAGGAGACGAAUUUCUCCUUGAUUAUGGCGCGAAAUUUCGACGUUAAUUUGUAAUUUCACAUGUGAAAUUAUAAAAUUGCCAUGGCCACCUUCUGUACGUCUCAGUGCCAAGAUAGAGACGAAGUUUUAAAACUAUGAAUGAAGAUGUCAAGGCAUUAAAAGACGCUCUAGAAAACCUAAACACACAAAAGGGCACAUCAAGAAGGAUUCUGUCGAAAAAUUCUGAAAAAUCUGAACGUAAGCCAAAUUUAAGCUCUAACCUUUUGAGAAAGUGGAGUUCUCGAUCGAUACGAUCCAGGAUAAACAUGUCAAAAAUCCACGAUUGUGAACGUAAUUCGUCACCCAUGAUAUUUUAAAAUAGGUAAUCAAAUGGUGUACUCGUGAAAUAGGACAAAUCCUGCUGCUCCCCUCCCCCAGAGAAUUCCCCACUCCAGAAACGAUAAGGGGAAUGGAUACAAGCUUUCGGCGCAACUGAUUCCGGGAUCGUUUGGGUUGACAAGCGUUAGUUAUUUAACAAUUAAUGAAUGAGGCUGAGUAUCUUAUGAAGAAUUAUGGAGCUCGAGGAGGGUGCUAUCGCCGAGGCGGAUAACACCCCCCGAGAUCUCCAUAAUUCUUCUUAUUAUAUGGAGGAGAGUGUUUUAGUGGGAACUAAACCACUCGUAGAUUCCGUACGCCACUUCAUCCGGGACCCGAGUGGCGUAUUUUCCGUAUGUCACCUUUGUGAGUGUCGUAUCGUUCAAUGACGUCACGAUUCCCGCCUUUUGCUUUUGUUGAAUUGGUUUCUCCAUAUAAUAAAAAGAACAUUACACGUUGGCUCGAAGAUAUGAAUUUUAUGUUCUCGUGGCAUUCGCUCACUCGUGAGAUAUUGUUCUUGCCACUCGAACAUAAAAUUCAUAUCUUCUCUCCACCGUGUAAUAUCCUCUAUAUAUGAUACAAAAGCCUCAUAUGAUACAAAAGAAUCGGGGAAAUGUUUUGAAUGAAUAAUAUGACUGGUUAAUGGUGGCCUUAAAUACCAUCGACCAAUCAUAACUGAUGCUUGUCCACCCAAACAAUCCCAGAAAUCACUGCACCCAAAGCUUGUACCCAUUCUCCUUAGAGUUUCUGCUGGAGCAGGGAAUUGUAAGGGCUAAAAAUGUUAUUAUUUCCUAUAAGUAACAACCCUUUUCAACAAGGAAGGUUUUCGAUCAAAACAUAAUGUUUGAAUGACUGCUAGCCAGCAUUAUCAAGUAUGAAUUUAAAAGGUGAGCGAGUUUCCAGUUGUGGUCCCUUAUUCCUUAUGGAAAACAUUUCUGAGUUUUCAAGUGCGCGCCAUUCGUGCUAACUACUACAACUGUAAUUGUUUAAUCGCGGUGAUCAUUACUUAGUGCUAAUAGUUUUGCUUGCUCUUUUUCAAAUUAUUAUCGAUAUUUUCCCACAGUUUUGGACAUUCUCCAAUUUCGAGCUAUUCCAACACAGUCGUGAUUUUGACUUGACAAUGAUGGCAAGCAGUUAUUGCGGGCGACAAGGGGAGCCUGCAAUCCUAAUCUCCAGGUUGUUAUUACGCAUGCGUCGCAUGUAUGUAGCCGGCUUUCGUUUGGACUUCUACUAAGAAUGGAAUGCGCAGAACACAAUCUGAUCACGCGUUUUUUAACUAACUGUCACGUGAAACUUACACAAAGCACAGCGAAAGAGCAAAAGCGUUUUGACCUUCGAUCGCUGUCGCCCGUACUCCGUAACCUUUGAUUAUUACCAGUAAUACUCUGUUUUUCACUUCCAACUUGUCAUAAAAAAGAAGUUGAGGCCUCGUGGUCAGCCACUUUACACCUUGCCUGUUUUCCGUUCAACAGGAUCAUCCAGACGCGUGGUCGCUGAUUGGAAAUCUUCAUUUGGCCAAGCAGGAGUGGGGGCCUGGGCAGAAGAAAUUUGAGCGAAUCUUGAAGCAACCUUCAACAGCCAACGAUGCGUAUUCGCUAUUGGCGCUUGGGAAUGUGUGGCUACAAACACUGCACACCCCUACACGAGACAGAUCCAAAGAGAAAAGACAUCAGGACAGAGCACUGGCUUUGUAUAAACAAGUGCUGAGAAAUGAUUCCAGAAAUUUGUAUGCAGCCAAUGGAAUUGGUUAGUGGUGCACGAAGUUGCAAACUACCCACUUAACUAGUAAUACGUAUAUCGCAAAAUGUAAUGCAAUGUUUAGUUAGGGCUCAGGAUGAAAAUCAAAAUAUUUGUUCGAAUCCUCGGCGAAGUGGUUGCCUCCCGCUAGUUGAGGUUUUUAAUCUUGGUAUGUUCUUUUUAUUAUUAUUCCUUUCAAAUUUUUUUAGCGGAGUGCCUGUAAAAUAGCUUGAACACUAUAUUACAGCAACUUUCUUUUUUUAGUCCAACGUCAUAUGGAGCCAAAAAAAAACCUGGUUUAAAAGGUAAACUGCAUUCGCUGCUUUCUGGAUUGAAAAAAUAAGUAGCCAACUUAAUUUUAAACUCUUAAUACUUUUACGAGGUCGCGUCUUACUCCUACCCUGCUAACGUUUGAUGUAUUUUGAUAAAUGAGCAUUUCCUCAACUUCAACAUAUAUGAGCGUUCUGCCAGGACCAAAAUACAUGUACUAUGUAAUAAUUUAUUACAGGCAACAAAACUCUUAGGAAGUCAGAAAUUGUGGUUGAUUGUACUUAACUGUUUCUGUUUUUUCCUUCAGGCUGUAUUCUUGCUCAUAAGAACUUUUUACGAGAAGCUCGAGAUGUUUUUUCUCAGGUAAUUAAUAAUGGUAACUGACAGGACUGAGUCAGUGGAGUCCAAUUCGGUCUGUAAUCAUAUUAGUGAUUAACCACGGUCGUCCGAUUGCGAUUACAGAGCAAAGUGGACGACACAAAGUUCUGUUACUAAUUAAUCAUAACCAUUACAAAAUUUGUGAUAUUCUAAGCUUUUAUAAAAUUAAAACAAAGGCUAUUCCGAGAGUUUUUUUGCUAGAAGUGGAAAUAAAACCCCAUUCAGUUGCGCGCGUUUGAUGGCGCGUACUGUCCAAUUACUUAGGAAUGAUGUGUACUGUCCUAUUGCUCUGUCCUCUUAGUGCCGAAAUCAGGACAGUUGAUAGCCAAUCAGAAUUGAGUAUUUUAUUAUAGUAGUGAUUUUUACAAUAAUAUGAAUCACGAGUGGUAACAACAGCAUAUUGGCAUCAGGACAUUCUCUCGAGUUUCUGAUAUAACAGCUUCUCGAAUGAUCAGAAGUUCUUAAGAAAAUUUCGAAGCUUAACUUUAUGGUUAAAUUUUAAAAUUUUAUGGUUAUUAAGAUCCUAUUUUCAACUUCAGGAGAGCACUUUUCAUUACCACCAUGACUCUAAAUUUUGAGUAUUUCAGUUUUUCUCCAGUUUUAGACAGACUUUUCUUUUCUUUUUCUUAUUCACACCGUAUUGACAGGUCCGUGAAGCAACUGCUGACAUCCCUGAUGUUUGGCUUAACCUAGCUCAUAUUUACGUGGAGCAAAAGCAGUAUGUGGCGGCUAUCCAGAUG